CAUCUGAAAAGUAUAAGAAGGUGUUCGACCUUGCUUUUAAGGAAGCCGUUGAUGAGGAGUUGCGUAAUAAGUUCGAAGAAAUGAAAAAAUCAGCCAAUGAUGGGUCAUCAGCAAAAAACAUGAAAUCUGAUCCAGAUUCGAACACGAGUGAAAAUCUGGAGGAAGAAGAUCAGGAAGAAGAGGAGUCUGCAGAUAAGAUCGACAAAUUCUUUAUGGACAAGGGAAAUAAUGAAAAGAUUCAUAACGAUAUUACCAGCAACGAUAUUGCAUAUUGGAAUAUACUUGAUUUGACCGAGAAUUUCCAAAUAAAAUCUCUUUUCUCGACGAAUGACUGGGAAGAAAUGGUUGAAAGUUUCAAUAAUGAAGUUAAAUUGAUCGAAUCGGAUUUUCUUGAUGUGGUAGAUGCUGAAAAUCUGGAAAGAGUUGAUCUUCCCGUUUCCGAGGCUGACUUCGACAACGCAUUUCCCAACAUGCUUGCCAAAAGAUUCUUAAAUAGGGAGGAACUAAAAAUGAAUGUUGGAGAAAUUGCAUGUUGGGCGUCAGCUUAUCGCCGAAAUGAAGGUCGUUCCGUUGUUUUCAGAGCUCGCAUUGGACAAAAGUGCGAUUUUCGAGGAACUUUGAAAAAGAGUAUCAACAGGUUUGAGGCUCUUAUAGGUCUCAGAAUGGUGGACUCCCAGAGCCUCAUAAAAAAAAAUUACGAAGACAAAGUUGAUCUAAGCGUGGCAAUGCGGGAUAUCUUAUAUACGUUCUUUUAG